UGCUGGCUAUUGUUUCUUUACUACGCAUUUUGAGUCGAACUAGUAAGCAUGUUGUGUUCUGCAUAGCUGUUUCCGGUUCUUUGACUUAGGCUAACACUGAAUGUGUAUAAAGUUUCAUUAAUUGCAAACGAAAGUGGACUAAAAUGAAGAAAAAACACGACUGCAAACGCAGAGAAAAUGGUAACAAUACAGUGGAUUCUUUAGCAGAUGAGUACAGGAUUGGACAAGUUUCUGAUACUUUGUUUCACAACAAGACCGUCACAAAUAAAGAAAGCUCAUUGACAUCUCUCUUCAGUUCAUCAGCUUCUGACAAACAAUUAGCGUUUGUGCCAGUAAAAAAAGUUAAUUUAAGCAAGAGAGACCAAAGUGAAAAUCAAAAGGACGUUAAAAGUAAAGUUCAGAACUUGGACUUAAACAACUUGAAUAAAGCAUGCAAGCUGAACACAAAGAAACAAACUACUGCUGGAGAGAAAAGGGUGUCUGACAGGGAGUGUGGUUUGCAGAAUGCCGAUGACGAUGAACUGCAAGAAACAGUACAUCAUAAGAAGAAGAAAGCUGACAGUCCUAAUGCUCUGAAAAAAAUCAGCAAAGUAGAUGAAGCUGAACCAGGGACCCCUCAAACAAAGAAACAAAACUGGGCAGUGGAAAGAAUAAAGAAUAAAAGAACUGUAUUUGUGGGAAACUUACCUGUUAGUUGUAACAAACAAAUGCUGAAAUCUAUUUUUAAAGAAUUUGGAUACAUAGAGUCCAUGAGGUUUCGUUCUGUGGCACGUGCUGAUCCAACAAUGUCAAGAAAGCAGGCAACUAUACAGCGCAAGAGCCACCCCAAGCGUCAUAAUAUGAAUGCAUACAUUGUGUUUAAGGAAGAAAGUGAUGCAGUCAAGGCUUUGCAGAGAAAUGGCAUGGAGAUAACAAAUGGAUUUCACAUACGUGUUGAUCUUGCAUCAAAGGAUAGCUCUCAUGACCAGAAGAGAUCCAUUUUUGUUGGCAACCUGCCAUAUGAUAUGGAAGAGGAAGUAUUGUGGAAGCACUUUUCUGAAUGUGGACAGGUUGAAGCAGUGCGUCUUAUAAGAGACAGGAGCACAGGAUUGGGGAAAGGUUUUGGGUAUGUUUUGUUUGAGAGCACAGAUGAUGUCUUUCUUGCCCUAAAACUUGAUUCUUCUGAAGUUAUGGGAAGAAAAAUUCGAGUCCAAAGGUGCGUCAAGAAAGAAAAAGUGAAGAGUACAAAUUCAAAGAGAGGUACACAAGGUGGAUCAGUCAGUUUUAAGCAUAAAAGGCAAGCUAUAAACAAAACAAAAGGAAAACAUUUGUUUGAAGGUAAAAUGACAAAAGAUGAAAAAACACAAAACAAAGGAAAACUCAGAAGGCCUACACUGGGAAAUCAUAAAGUACAAUUCAAAAAGAAAACAAGAGAAAGAGCAACAACAUUUGGCAAUGUGUCAGCCAUUCAUUAUAAACAGAAAACAGUUAAAGGACAAAACAGACAAAGAUCAAAGGGUUCUAAACCUGAAAAGUAAGAGAGAGAGAAAAAAAUCUUAACAUUUUUAUAGGUAAAGCAGUUUUUUUUAGGUAAAUUUGCUUCAGAACUGUGUACUGUAUUUUAACACUUUAAAUGUUGCUCCUCUAUUGUUUUUCUCUACAUGUUGAUUCAUAUCACUUGACAUAUGCAUUUCCCCCUCUGGAAAACCAGUCCUUGUUUUGCAAUGGAAAAUAAAAAUGAUUCAUUAUU